GUUAAAAUCAAACACUUCCAUUUACUUCCGGAGAAAUUGUUUUCAUCGACAACCAUAAUUUUACCAGAAAAUGAUUUCAUAGAAUCAGAAAGGCAGUAUUCAUCAAGAUGUCGACAAUAGAUUUAGCUAAACAACAAUCACAGGAAAAUUUUAAAAGUGAUGCUAAAACAUCUAAAUGGCUUGAUGCAUACCAUGAUCCAGUUGCCUCCCUUUACACAUUUACUCAGUGUAUAACACUGGCAGAUAUCCAGGCAGAUGGGGAUUGGAAACUCAUCAUUGCAGAUCUCGGCUCUGGCUCCUUUAACAUGAAACUGAAGGUUUAUAAAGGGACAGAUUUAAUCAGUGAAAAUACAAUAAUAGAUCUGCCCACAGGUGUUGUAACAUUCUAUAUGGACACACACGAACCAAGAACUCCGGCUAUAGCCGUAGCAUCAGGACCAUUUAUAUAUAUUUACAAGAAUCUCCGUCCAUAUUUCAAGUUUACAUUGCCACCUCUAGAAGUAAACUCUGUGGAAGAAGAUUUGUGGAAUCAAGUCAGAGAUGGUCGCAUAAAUGUAUACGUAUUGAGGGAGAUGUUGGAAGGAAUGAGAGCUGACGGUUCAGCACUGACUGUUAGGUCACUGAGGUUCUUGCAGUUGACCGAUGCUGGUGACAUGGUUCAGUUUUGUGAAGUGUAUAAAAACUCUCCUUUGAAAAGACAGACUGUGAUAACAUGCCUCGGUACCUUGAAGAAAUCCAUGUCAGAGGAAGAUGCUAUUAGCUGUUUGGUACUGGGAACUGAGGAUAAAUCUAUAUAUGUCCUUGAUCCAGAAGCUUUCACAGUUCUUGCAACUAUGAAUUUACCGAGUGUUCCAGUUUUCCUAAGUGUGACAGGAAUGUAUGAUGUAGAAUAUAGAAUUGUUGUAGCUUGUAGAAAUGGAUGUAUCUAUACCCUAAAAAGAGGAUUAGAUGAUCCAGCCAAAAGCUGUAUAGAGCUUAGUUCACAGAUAGUUGGUAUGGAACGACUCAACAAAACAAUCUAUGUAGCCUGUAUGGACCAGACACUCAAAUGUUUUACUUCUAAGGGUAAGAAAAUGUGGACAGUGAAGUUACCAAAGAGUAUCACAACUAUAGAAGUGGUUGAUUAUAAACCUAAAGCUUUUAAAGCAGUCCUAGUGGCUUUAUCUAAUAAUGAAGUACAUGUAUAUAAGGAGAAAUACCUUGUUGAUGUAAUAAAAACAGAUGAUGUGAUUACUGCCAUGAGAUUUGGGAGGUUUGGUCGAGAAGAUGGGGCUUUGGUUAUGUGUACAAGUAAUGGUGGGUUGCUUAUCAAGAUACUGAAAAGGACAGCUGUGUUUGAAGAGAGGGAUCUUUCAGGGGGACCCCCUGCUGCUCAAAAUGUGAAAUUAAACGUGCCCAAGAAAACCAAAUUGUUUGUAGACCAAACAAUGAGGGAAAGGGAAAGUGCAGUCACAAUGCACAGGACAUUCCAGAGGGACCUGUAUUUGUUGAGAUUGAAUACAGCUAGGGAGUACGCCAAGGCCUUGAAUAAUGCAAUGAAUCCUAUCUCUACAGAUCCCAUGGAUCCCCUAAAACUAUCUGCACAGGUUCAGGGAAUAGGGCCCACAUUUAAACUGACAGUCAACCUUCAAAACACAUCAUUAAGUCAAGCAUCUACCAAUCUCCACAUUACAUUUGACUAUGAUGAUAAACUUUACAGUUUCCGCAGGACAUAUAUACCUGUUCCAAUGUUAGUUCCAGGACUCAAUUAUACCUUUGAGACUUACAUAGAAUGCCUGAAUGAUAAAGGUGUUUCAGACACUGUUAAGGUGUAUGUAUUGAAGGAGAACAAAAGCGUUCCUAUUAUUACAGGAGUUAUCAGUAUGCCAGUCAGUGAGACACUGGUUGUGGUGUAACAUCAUUUUUACGUUUUAAACUUAGAUUUGUGUCAACAGGCAUCAUAUAAUCAUUGGAUCAUUAUUCUUUGUGAAUUGAGAACAAUAAUUAUGUGAAACAUAGGAAACACAUUAAGUUAAAAUGCACAAAUAGUAACUAUGCCUUUAGGGUAUACAAACUAACGUUAUCCAUUCUCCAAUCCACAUUAUUUAUCUAAACUGUGUAAAAUAGCUCUUUUUCUGUUGAAUAGAAGAGUCAGACUUUUUUAUGUGUCCUAAUAAUGUCAUUAAGUUAUCAUUCAAUUGUACUUUGCAAUAUUCAUCAUGCCAGAUUUUUCUCUUAAUUAUCGAUGAAUAAAAAAUUCAUGAAGUGAUUUCUUUAGAUAACCAUUGGGAACCUAUGUGAAGUCUUUAUUUUAUAAUGUGUUUGUUGUGAACAUAUUUCACCAAUGUGAUUUACCCUAAACAUCACAGAUAUAACCAUACAUUAUGUACAAGACUACUUGUGAAAUGACUUUACUUUACAUUAUUUGACUUUACUUGUUAUCAUUUAGGAACUGUCUAGUUUUAGGUCAAGUUAGUUUUAUUAUCUAAAUGCUAUCUAUAUUGAUAUCUAUUGUCUUGAGAAGUAUUGGGCUCGAGUUUAUCAAGCCUCAUCUGAAGUCUUCAGAUUGAACAUGGUUGUAACAUGAAACACAUUUUAUGAACUAGUAUAUGUUAAUGAUUUAAUGUAGUUGUGAGAUUUUCCGUCCGUCUUUAUUUAUUGAAUGUGAUUUAUAUUGAAGAAUUAAAAAAAUUAAAUUGA